AUGGAUCGCGGCGAAUACCACCCUCCUCAUUAUGAGGGUGGCCAGCGUCCCCGACCCAAACGCGCUGUGACCGAUUAUGGCUCCACCACGGUCCAAUGGAUGCGGAACCGCCGGGCGCGAUACAAACAUGCUCCAAUCCUGGAGAUGGAGCGGCCGAGCGCAAGCUACAUUGUCGAUAUGGAACCGCCCUCCGCUCGACUGACCAGCGCCGCCGACUCGAUACCCGCCAAAGCCCUCCACUCUUCCCUGAAUAAAGUCAAGCACCCCAUCAAUGUAGUCAAGUGGACCCCAGAAGGUCGCCGCCUGCUUACCGGAUCGACAAGCGGAGAGUUCACACUAUGGAACGGGAUGGGCUUCAACUUCGAGACCAUCAUGCAGGCACACGAAUCCGCCAUUCGUUGCGUCGCCUAUACCCACACGGACGACUGGUUGCUUUCCGCCGAUCAGAACGGAAUCGUCAAGUACUGGCAGACGAAUUUCAACAAUGUCAAAGAGAUCCAGGCACAUUCAGAAGCAGUCCGCGGGCUGGCUAUAGCUCCGACUGACGCAAAAUUCGUCACUGGUGCCGAUGACACGACCUUGAAAAUCUGGGACUUCGCAACAAGCUCGGAACAGUCUACAUUAACAGGCCAUGGCUGGGAAGUCAAGUGCGUCGACUGGCAUCCCCACAAAGGCUUGAUCGUCUCCGGUUCCAAAGAUCACACAGUCAAAUUAUGGGAUCCUCGUAAUGCCCGCUGCUUGACCACCCUCCACGGCCACAAGAACAAUCUGUCGGAAACCAAAUUUGAGCCCAGCCAGGGAACUCUCCUAGCUACCUGCGCCCGCGACCACACAACGCGCAUAUUUGACUUACGCAUGAUGCGGGACGUCCUAUUGCUCCGCGGACACGAUAAGGAUGUCAUAACAGUGACCUGGCAUCCUUUACACCGAAAUCUACUAUCAACGGGUUGUGUCGACGGCAGCAUCAACCACUACCUCCUCGAUGAACAGAAUCCGCCUCCUGGCGUGGCAAUAUCACUCUCACCUUAUGAUAGCCAUGACCCUCAGACUGCUCCUAUCCAGACCAUAUAUCCUGCUCAUUCAAUUCGGCAUGCUCAUGAUUACAUUGUUUGGACAUUGGAUUGGCACCCGCUGGGGCAUAUUCUGGCAUCUGGUUCGAACGACCGUGUUACGCGCUUCUGGACCCGGCCGCGGCCAGGGGACGUCUCUUUUGUGAAUGACCGUUACCAUAUCGGCCAGGCUGCCGCUGAGGCUCAGGGCACCUUGGAUCGGCAUCAGAAUUGGAGACAAAUGCGUGAGGAAGAAGAGCAGGAGGCAGAGGAUGAGGCGGAGGGUCUGGUCGACCAGAAGAUGCCCUCGAAAAAUGCAGCCGUACCUCCCCCUGGCGCCGCCCUCCCGGGUCUCAACACCGCGAGCGAUGGCACAAGCAGCGCACUUCCCGGUAUUGGCGGACUACCGCCCCCUCCAACCACCCUGCCAGUAGGCUUUCCCCCACCUCCUUUCCCUCCAAGGAGUGUACCACCGUCCAUUCCCAUGGAUCCCGAGUGGAUUCGCAAAAAGAUCGAAUCCGGAGAGCUUCCCCCUCCGCCACCACCAGUGCCGGGUGCUAUACCUGGUCAUCCACAAUUCCCACCACCGCCGUUCCCCGGAAACUUUCCUUUUGCGCCGCCGCCGACGGGAAUGCCUGGCUUCCCUCCGGGAGGACCUCCUCCGCCUUUCCCUCCUCAAGGAUUCCCUGGCUUCCCUCCGCCGCCACCGGCUGGUGUUUCGGCCCCGUCACCGGUCGCGAAUGCCCCGUCUAGUGCAGGUGGGUCGUCGCAGGGCGCCGGUGGCGCGAACGGCGCUGGUGUUAGGAGACGCGCGCCUCUUCCAAGUCAGCAGGAUAGCCUUAAGGAGGUGAUGCGGAAGGGCGAGUAUAGGCGUGCAAGGUAG